CUAAGAGCCAGCCGGUCGACGUCGUUAUACCCUGCAGCGCGGUGCUCGCGAGGUCCGUAUUAUCAUUGCAAAUCGUCGCCGAUUUUCGAAGUGGUUACACGUGCUCGGGACCGCGAUUCGUCAACUGUGAUCCCUCGGUGAACCCAGUGCGAAACGUUCGUUUUAUUUUUUUCUUUUUUUUGAUAUUUUUUUUUUUCAACUGUGGUGACCGGCUCGUUCUUUGCCUGGGACUCGCGAGGAACGAAACUUUGCGCGAUCUUCUCGGUGGUAACAACGUUCGGUGCUUAAGAAUUUCAACAGAUAAACGUAGAGAGACAGGUGGAGCGACACGAUGACAAGAUUCAUCACGACGUUCCUGUUGCUGCAGGCGAUCGCGAGGUAUGGUCGCGUGGCGGGCGCAGAGUCGACGCACGGUGCUGACCAGCCGGUCCCUUCCGCGGUCCCCUCGGGACUUUCUGGGCCGGAUUACACGGGGCCAUCCGCCGGUUCCGACGAGUGUGACCAAGAUAUGGUCGGUUUCGAGCUGGUGACCGGUUACGUGUACAGCGCGCCCACGAACAUGCUCGAGUCGAUUCCGGGUACGCUGAUGCUCACCGAUUGCCUGGAGACCUGUCAGACGAACGACUCCUGCCAGGCGGUCAACUACGAGACGGGACUGUGCGUGCUCUUCAGCUCGAACGCCGACAGCAACCCAGGUGCUCUAUCGCAAUCCCAAUUUCCAGUGUUCACGAUCUACGCCCAGAAAAGUUGCCUGGCCGUGAAACCAUGCGAACGAGCCUGGUGUAUCGACAGAGUGCAGGGACACCGUCUUCAGGGCCACACACGAAGAACCAUGAACGCAUCAUCGCGACAGCACUGCCUCGAGCUCUGUUUAGGGGAGAGAGAUUUCCUGUGCCGAUCUGCCAAUUACGCGAAUUCAACGAAACAAUGCGAACUUUCGGACAUGGACCGCUUAACUGUUGCCGGAUCCAACGCUUUCCAAAUAGCUAAAGGCUUCGAUUAUUUAGAGAAUCAUUGCGUGGACGAACCAGUGAAGCUCUGCGAAUUCAAAAAAUUGAACGGCCGUAUCUUGAAGACAGUGGAUUCCGUGUACCAGGACGUUGGUAGCGCCGAAGAAUGCAGAGAACUCUGCUUGAACUCCCCGUUCCGUUGUCAUUCUUACGACUACGGUGACACCGGCGACAUGGUCUGCCGUCUCAGCCAUCAUUCCAGAGCCACUCUCUCCGAUAUUCAGGAACCUUAUCUCGAUGUGCCGGAGGGAUCAACGUACGAGCUGAGCUCCUGCUACAACGUCACCAUCGACUGCCGUGCCGGCGACAUGGUGACGCGAAUCCAGACCAGCAAACUGUUCUACGGCAAGGUGUACGUGAAGGGAUCUCCUAACUCGUGCGUGCAGGACGUGAAAGGUGCCUUGGAAUUCGAGCUUCGGAUGGCCUACGACGAUCUGGAAUGCAACAUCAGACAGCAAGGACUUGGACGGUAUCUGAACGACGUCGUGAUUCAGCAUCACGACACGAUCGUCACAAGUUCCGACCUUGGCCUCGCCGUCACCUGCCAGUACGACCUGACCAACAAAACGGUGUCGAACGAGGUCGACCUCGGUGUACACGGUGACAUAACCCCGGCCUUAUCCGAGGAGGUAAUCGUCGAUUCCCCCAACGUAGCCAUGAAGAUCACCGACCGCAGUGGAAACGAAGCGAUACCAACCGCCGAAGUCGGUGAUCCUCUCGCGUUGAAGUUCGAGAUCCUCGACCCGAACAGCCCGUACGAGAUCUUUGUACGCGAACUGGUGGCCAUGGACGGCGUCGACUCCAGCGAGAUAGUCUUAAUUGACUCGGACGGUUGCCCCACCGAUCACGUUAUCAUGGGUCCGCUCUACAAGUCGGCUACCACCGGCAAGAUCCUGCUGUCUCACUUCGACGCCUUCAAGUUCCCCAGCUCCGAGGUGGUGCAAUUCCGCGCGCUGGUGACACCCUGCAUGCCCACUUGCGAGCCGGUACAGUGUGAUCAAGAAGAGUUAACCGGCGAGCUUAGAUCCGUCAUUUCCUACGGCAAACGUCGUCGUCGUCGUUCGACCGGAACCUCGUCCCAGAGCCGCGAGGAUCUCCUUCUGGUGCAAUCCAUUCAGAUCACGGACAAGUUCGGUUUCGAGCACGACAGCAAAGCGGCGAACGGCAGCUCGGCGAGCAAGGAUACCGUUUUCGUCGAGAGCGAGGACAUAUCGUCGACGAUGGGCAUAUGCAUGAACCUGGGCGAGGCGAUCGUAGCCGGCACCGUCUUCCUCGUCGCUCAGAUCGCCAUCAUAGCCGCGUGGACCUUCACCUGGCAGAGACGUCGGCAGAUGCUGAAGCAUCAGGAAGCACUCUCGGUCUCGGUUUCCGUUCCCGGUAUGCAUUCCGUUCCGGGACGCACCGACAGCCUCUGUAAGUUGUACGACGCCGGAUAUUCAGGGCGCCGUUUUUGAGCAGCCUUCGUUUCCUCUCCCCGUCCCUCAAUCUCGUCUUCCUUCGCUGUCGAUGCCACGAAUCUCCAGCCAACUUUCGUACGGAUGGGUUUCUUCCAUGGAAACAAUAUUUGGCUAAAGAACUUACUCGAGUUCUCAUUUUUCCAUAAAAAUCUUCUUCAACUAUUCGACGACAAUGCUUGAUCUAAAUUAAAUCCAAUGAUGUUGAGUAGGCUGGAGGUAUUUCGUGAAUAAUUACUUUCCGACGACAGCCGACUGUUGCCUUGUUAAUCGGGAACUGUGCAAAUCCUUUCCGGAGCAUUUGGUAGAUCUACUUCGACGGACGGGCAGAUAGGAGAAAUUUGGAAACAAAAUAAUCCCAACAGCAACUGGCCGUCUGCUCGAUGACACUUCGUGCUCUCUUUACUUUAUAAGAAUGAUCGCUUGCAUAUCUUCCUUUCCUAUGUCUUCCUAUCCCUCCUAGGAUGAACGAUCGAUCCUGCAUCAUCGGCUACCUCGGUUCAGUCUAACCUUGAGAAUUCUCAUACUUGAAAAAGCUAGCCUAUCCAGGCCGCGAUUCCAAUUACCGGCUACCAACUAGAGAAGAAACAGCCCAGAACGAUCGCCGAUUUCUUCCCGAGAUCAGUCGAGCGGCGGACGAGUACGUCCGUCCUGGCUCUUCUUCUUCUUCUUCUUCUCAUCCGCUCGCGAUGACAGCCUCUAAUUAACGCGACACGCAGACCCGGUUAACGUGAAAAUCCGCGUACGUAUGAAAUCUUGACCAGUCAUCGGCUCCUUCCAAAGGGGAAACUUCUGCUUCGAAACUUCUCAAUAGAAAAUACGUCCAGUAACGAUCGGUGAAUAGCUCUUAUAGAAUCGGUUGUGGAAGCUGUGAAAAGCGAGUGACCGCGGGUAGAAAUGAUUAGGAGGUAGUGUAGCUGGAAGCAAUUAGGCGAUCAAAGAGGCAGGCUCGAUCGAUUAUCUUUCAGCUUCGUCAUCCUUCAUUCAUAAUAGCGCAUAAUCUCCAACUUUUCUUAUUUCUUCGCGGAUACUUCCUCCUUCCCGCUCUAUUUCUCCGAGCCUGUUUUUCCUGCCUGUUCGUACGCGAAACGAGACAGGAUAAAGCGAAACAAGCGGAAGCGGGACGAGAGGCAUGGCGUGGCGUGGCUUCGAAGGUGAUGGAGGUCGACGCGUACUCCGUACAUAGGAUACGGCACCGGCGCGGAUUCUAAUUAGCAUUGGGAAUCGAGCAUGAUUAUGCAGAUGCUCCGAGUGGGAUAUCAACAGGAGGAACAGCCGGGGUGACCGAGGUGGAUGGGUCAGGGGUGGUUUAAGAUGGGACUGGGUGAGAGGGUAGUAGGAAUAGGCAAAGGGAGAGAGAAGCAAUGCGCGUAAAGGGGUUGGCGGAAGGUUAAUUGCCUCUUGCGGUGUCUCGGGGUUAAGCUAAGCUUCGCGGGGGUUAGAUGAGAAUUCGGGAGCAAGUAGGGUCGGGAAAACGAGACGGCGCCGGAUCGCUGGCUACCUAUCUAGGACCACGUAAACGGCACCCCCUUCGGACUUAACCUUAGCUACGUUUCCAUCGUCCAGCAGCCUGGUCAAGUUAAUUUACAUCGGGACACGUGAUCCCAUCAAUCUGGACCAACGUGCUCCGAACCAUAACACCGACACCUGAUCAACGAGAAGCUUUCGUUAAGGAAAACUGCUUCUCUUAGGGGGAGUUUUUAUGUGACAGUAAAUCAGGACGUUCAAGGCCAGGCUAUUCCAUUAUGGGCACCCAAUAUACUACACCAAUUUCAAUUUCGAUGAGACCUCAAUUUUAUUAGAGCAACACUAUAAUUUUGAGUAAUUUCCAGGGCUGCUGAUAGUUGUUCCUAAUAUGUCCCUAAUUAUUUUGUUUUUAUUAAUUUUUUGUUUUACAAUUUUGCAAAUUUUAUCUCUAUUCAAGUUUCAAAAAAUUUUCACCCUCGGAUGGCGGACCAUGGAGAGAGCCCUAAUUUUAAUUUAAUUUCGUGUUUCAUUUUCUAAAUUUUAGAGUCACAAAAAAUGUCAGUGUCACAUGAAAACGUACCCUUAUCCCUACGUUUCUAUAUAGGUCUACGUCGUUGUACGAAAGCAGAAAGUUCGAUCCAAAACGUUUGUACAAGGAAAUAACUUUAUUACGAAAAUUUUAGAGCCACCGUAGCUGUAUUACCGGACGAACGUUUACGUUCAGAGAAGUUAUCCCGGCCUGAAAUAUACCGGUUAUCCCGGCAAGUUAUAACGGAGAGUCGAUCUUAACUUUGAAACAUAGAUCCAACGUGCAAACGUCGCCGCGGAACGCACACGGGGCACAGAGACAGUACAUUCGAACGGGUUACAUUUCGCGGAGGAAUUGCUAUUUAACAUAACAAGUCUUACCGACGAACUUACCAAAAGCUGGCUGACUCAAAGUUCUCUACGAGGUACCGGUUUUACGUGGGCCAAAGCGAAACUGCGAUCCGGAAACCGGAAGAUAUCCGGAUCUGUGACGGGAAUUUGUACUGGAUGUUACAAAACGGGUGGUACAAAUGGCAAUUAUUUAACUCUGGAGAUUUGUGCAAAAAUUUUGAGAAAUUUGAUAAUUUUGAGUUUUAAAAAUCUUAAAAAUCCUAAUAGCCAUUAAAAUAACAAUUUUAAUACUGAAUUAUUUAAAUUACUUUUAGAAUCACUAAUCUAAUUUAUUUAUAACAAAAAUUUAAUGUAUUUGCACAAUUAUCAUAGUUUUAACUAUUCAAAUUCUACCAUCCUGUUUGGAAACAUCCCUUACAGUCGGUGAACGGUAAAAGUAGAACGUUUGACGAUAAAUUUAAAUCGGUUAACCAGGUUGUCUUGAGACUUCAUUGAUUUUCCCACUACAAAGGACCGGGAUAGGAUCGGAUUGAUUGAGAAACUUGAAAAUUUGAAUACGCUCGUCAAGACAAACGGCGAGAACAAAAGAGGGGAGAUAAAGAAGGGAGGACCAACACGGUACGUUUGCAUUUCAGUUAACCAAACUUUGGAUCUGUUCGACAUUUGUCUACCAUCGACAAACAUGUCACCGAAUGUUUGAAGCGGGGAUUCUAACCGCUUUCUAACCCGGUUAACCCUGGUUAGGAUAUGGAAACCCAUACUCUUGAUGGAUUACAGAGUUAACCCUGUUCAGAAGAAGUUAACUGUGAUAAAUAAUUUAACGAGUUAAUCAUUUUCAUGCAUUAUCUAAAUUUUUAUAUUUAUCAUAGAACGAAGCACUAAAGCUUGCUUUCAUUUUUAAUAGAAAAUUUCAGAUUUAAUAAAAAUAGAAACUUCUUAUUUUUUCUCAUUACCAAAUCGAUAGCUCUAGUUUCUACAACUUCAGAACUUUUUCAAAUAACUCACUCAAAAUUAAUAACUUCAAAAAAGUUCCAAUUCUGACUCAAGUUUCUUCAAUUCCAUCAAUCAUUUCAAUUUCUUCCUGUUUCUCCAUACAAAUGUUUGUUUUUUCGAAACGUCAGUAGACGCAACACAUUCGAAGUGCAACAACAAUGAAACCUGACAGAACGGGUGGAAACAGUCGAGGGGGUUGAAAAAUGUCAGCAGGACGCAGCGAUAUUGAACCAGCGGUGAAAGGACGCUCGCUUUAAUUAUCGGCACUAAUUGCCAUAGAAAUUGCUAGGCUUUCUCUCGCGGUGUGCAAUGGAAACGCAGGAUUAAAAUGGGAUUUCUCUUUUGAAUCGGCAGCCGUUGAUUGAAAACACUGACCGUAGGUGUGACGUAGUUUUCUAGAGUGCGUUUUUCGCGCGUGUCACGACGAAUCGCGCUAGCUCUUCUUCCCGCUUCGCAAUUUUUACAAUUUUCUCUCUAUUCAUUUUUUUUUUUUUUAUAUGUAUGUAUAUGUACACAGCAUAUAUACAUACGACGAUAAGAUGCCAACGAAGGGUGCCUACGCGUAUAUCCAAGUAAGCGACGCGACCUAAUCAUUUUAUUUUACACUUACGAUUAAUACUAAGCAAUUUUUCGCUAACGCUGACGUAGUAUAUCCAAUCUGCUUGUGGUGAGAGGGUAGAGCCAAUUUUUUAUAACAAGAACGAUCGAAUUGCGAGCCGCGAACGCGAAUGCUCGCGCGCGUUCACGAUUCGCCGCUCGCGAUAUGUUUCUUUUUUUUUUUUUUUUUUUAAUUAGAAGUACGAUCCUAGAGCGUAUAACGAGUAUACGAGAUGGUGCAUGAAGAAUUUUCACCUACCUCGUCUGACAAUCAAAAGAUUUCACUUUGAAGUAUCUCAAAAGGAGAAUGAACACAGGGGAGGGGGUUGGAGAUUUUCUCGCGCCAUCUUGUACCGAAGCAGCAUUUCAAGUAUUUAGUUUUAGAAUGACACUCGAGCACUUUUCAUCGACUUCGUGGAACAUCAAAGAUACAAUUGCCAUUAAUAGCAAUAAAUGUUUCAAUCCAAGUCAAUGGAAACUGUAUCGUACUGUUCGUCGAAUAGGGUCUCUUAUAAAUGUAAUUCUCCACUGACCUUUGGACGGCGGACCAUGAAGAGAGCUCGAAUCUGAAUUUUCUAUUUGACGCUGUUUCUUUAGAAAUUAUUCCAUUGACAUACGAAAGCCUUUCGUUUGAAAAUGAUACGUUUAAUUUUAAGUUGAUACUUUUGUAUACGUUUUCGCGAGUACGGGGUCUGGAUUGACCCAGGCUCCGCUGUUCAAGGGUUAACGCGUAUACGAUGGAAGUAAAAAAUCAAGCAUGCAUGUAUCGUGAAUUAAGAUUAAGCGAACGCGGCCUCGCGAGCAGGAUGAUGAAGAGGACACGCGAGGCCGCGAUGAAAGGAUAAUAUUAGGCUCGAGGACGAUCGCUUUCACGAUGACACGCCGAGAUAGCACUUGUGUGUGUUACUUUUGACACUGACCUCGGCGCCUCUCGCGUCUAAGAAGUUUGCUUUUCCUACCCUUACUCUUAUUUUCCUUAGCACGCUUCCAUCCUUUCCGUCGUCCUUCUUAAUGAGCCUUAUAUUCGUACCCCUGGCCUUCUUUAUCGUGAGUGCUGACAAGUGUGCAGAGAACGUCGGUGCUUGUCCUCGAGCCUGAGGUGCGCGCCUACUUCGUCGUAAAGCUUGAAAAAAAAGCUCGAGUCUGCUCUGUACCCUGACAAGCGUGUGCAUUCUUCUUUGAAACCUCUCGCGUUUCUCGAUCCUUUUGUCUUCACGAUCUUCUCUGACCCUUUUCUCUUUUUUUUCCCCCCUUUUUUUCUUUUACAUUUCCCUUGCGACUUUACGAGAAAACUGAACGAUUUGGAUCAGCGAGUCACGUACAGAGCUUACCCGGCUGUUUUAACAGAACACAAGCGCACCAAUCAUGAUGGCUUAUUUAUUUCGUACGUUUAAAUGUGUAACGCUGUUCAAGAAUACUCGUCCUUGUCACGUUUAUCAUUUCAUAUUUUCUUUUUUUUUUCCUAUUUUUUUUUUUUGUUUCUACACUUUCGCCUUUACGCGUCCACGUACGACACACGUCGCCUGUCGUUUCUUUUCUCCGGUUGCACGAUUAUGCGAAUCGUGCGAUUCAAGGGGAGGAAGUUUCGAUGUGUCCGACUAAUUUCUUCGUUAAUUGUAACGCUCUUUAAUUUUUUUUUUUUUUCUUUCACCAGUAUCUAGACGUCGCCCUUUGGUCGAACGUCGUAUAUUUCAGUACCGUAAUACACACACGUUGUACAUAGCAUAUAUGGUACAGAGAAAAUAAACUCAUUUUAUAA